AUGAAGUCGCUUUUGCAGCAGGUUUCCCCGCAAGUGGUCUUUCUUAUGGAGACCAAACAAACAAAGGAAGAAAACAAGGUGCUACAGAAGGAACUCGGCUUUGAGGAGGGUGAUAGUUACUCCGCCGUUGUAUCGCCUAGAAAUCGGGCAGGUGGUCUAAGUAUAUGGUGGAAGGAUGGUAUCCAGCUAGAGGUGAUGUCCAUUACGCAAAAUCUUAUAGAUGUGAAGAUUACAGAUGAGAAUGUAGGUGUGUGGCGGUUCACUGGUAUUUACGGAUGGCCGGAAGGAAGGGAUAAGUGGCAAACAUGGGAUAUGAUUCGGCAAUUGUCAGAUCAAUGGGAUGGACCUUGGCUAUGCGGAGGAGACUUCAACCAAGUCCAAUCAGCAGAUGAAAAGAAGGGAGGUAACCUGACUGCGGAGCCGACUAUGAAUGAGUUUAAUGAAUGCUUAUGGUACGCGGGGCUUCAGGAUAUGGGGUUUCAAGGCUAUCCAUACACAUGGGACAACUCAAGGAGACAUGGAGGUUUUAUUGAAGAGAGACUAGACCGUUUUGUUGGUACAGGAAAUUGGAGAACAUUAUAUCCCCAAGCUCGUGUGCUUCAUCUAGAUAAAAUGAGAUCUGAUCAUCGCCCACUAGUGUGUGAUACGCUCAGGGCCGAGGACGAAGAGCCAUGCUGGAGAUGGUCCUUUCAUUUUGACCCGAUGUGGAUAAAGCAUGAGGAGUGUACUGGAGUGAUUACAAAUGCUUGGAGUGAGGGAGACUCUAGUGGGAUUAUGGAGAGGCUAACUCGAUGCCGGGAUAGGCUGGAGGGAUGGAGCCGACAGGCUUACCCAAACUUCAGGAAGCAGCGGGAAAAGAUUAAACGGGCCUUGCGAACUAUCGAGCGUGCCCCAAAAACGACCGAGAGGUUGGAACAACGUAAACAGCUCGAGGCGGAAAUGGAUGAACUAGAGGCAAAUGAAGAAGAAUACUGGCGGCAAAGGAGUAGGGUGGACUGGCUGAAACAUGUUGACAAAAACACUAGUUUUUUCCACAAGAAGGCCACGACACGCAGGAGACGGAACAUGAUCAGGCGAAUUAAGAGCUCUGCGGGACAAUGGUAUUUUGGGACAGAAGCAGUCUCAGGGUGUAUAGUGGAUUACUUCUGCAGCCUGUUUAAGGCAUCACCGUCCCCUUCACCCACCCCGGUUAUGGACUCGAUUGAUAAGAGGAUGGACGAUCAGGAUAAUUCAAACCUGCUGAGACCAGUUGCUAGGGAGGAAAUAACCACAGCAUUGAAGCAAAUGGGAGCUCGGAAAGCUCCUGGAGCUGACGGCUUUUCAGCCCUUUUCUUUAAGAGAUUUUGGGGAGUUAUAGGUGAUGAUGUCACAGCCUGCAUCACCGUAUCAUUGAGGAGGGGUGGAUGCCAGCGGGUCUGA